CCGACCCACGCACCCCGCCACUGCGGGCGACGACCACACAGACCGCCAUGGCGCACGAGCUGGACCAGAAGAUCCAGGACGUCUACAAGCGCAUCGAGACCGAGCGCAAGUUCCUCGAGGCAUCCAAGCUCAUUCGCCAGGCUACCAGUAACCCCGAUGUCCUGCGCAAGAACGACGCCAAGAUCCGCGAGGCGGAGCGUUCGCUCUCCUACUUCGAGGACACCCUCCGCGAGCUGCAUUCUCGCAAGAUGAUGCAGCAGCGCGACGAUCACUCCCGAUCAAGUAGCACUAGCUCGUCUCAACCCGGCCUCCCUCAGUCACCACGAAUGCCUCGUCCUGGCGAGGUCAAUCGCUAUUCCGGCGGCUCCUCGUCCGCCUCAGAAUACGCGAGGAACGGUCCCCGCUCUCCCGAGCUGCAUGCCUCCGGGGGUCCGCCGGUAGACGACGGUUACGGUGCGCCGAAGCCCAAGACCUACACCAACCUGGACCUGAUCAAGGCCGACACGCCGCACACCACCGCCAAGAUCUCGCGUAUGCUCCAUCAGCUCGAGUACAAGCUCCAGGUCGAGAUGCAGUACAAACGAGGCAUCGACAAGAUGGCCAAACUCUAUCAGGCAGACGGUGAUAAGAAGUCUAGAGCGGAUGCAGAGAGCAAGCGCAUCGAGAGUGAGCGCAAGAUCCAACUGCUUCAGUCUGCUUUGAAGCGGUACAAAACACUGCAUAUCCUUGAUGAUGUCGAGGAGGAGGAGGAACCAGCCUCAGGUCCUGGUCCCGGCCCCGCAGGCCCCGGAGUGGGCGGCGAGCGCAAGGAUAACCUUCGGUCAAAACCGUUGUCUGGGAAGCUUCUGGUUACCCUCAAAGGAGCGCGCGAGCUGGACCACGCGCCCAUUGUGUCAACAUUCAGGUCGCGUUCCGCUUCCAAGCAGAUUGAGACUUAUGUCUCGUUCCGGAUUGAGGGUACGCAGCGCGCGCGCUCCCACCCGACCAAGACCGACCGUUGGAUGGAGGACUUCGAGAUCACCAUCGAUAAAGCAAACGAGGUCGAAAUCGCCGUGUACGACAAGCAGGCUAGCGAACAGCACCCGACCCUCAUCGGUCUGCUAUGGAUCAAAAUCAACGAUCUCGUGGAGGCGCAGAGGCGGCAGAAGGUCCUGAUAGAGAGCGGGCAGGGUGGGUGGGUCACCGCCGGCGCGAUGAACGGCGACGCAGCCGGCUUCUCGGGGCAGUCAACCAGCAUGAGUGACAUGAACUCUCCCAUCCAGUUCAACAACGCGCCCGUCCCCGUGGCUGGUGCCGUCCCUGGGAUGCCCGGAGGUGUCAGUGCUGACGGGAUUGAUGCAUGGUUUGCCGUAGAGCCCGCCGGUGCUGUCGCGUUGCGGUUAAACUUCAUCAAGGAGAACGUCCGCAAGCGGCCACUCGAUGCUCCCGGUGGGCUCGGACGUCAGGGUGCAGUCCGCAAGCGCAAGGACGAGGUGCACGAGAUGAACGGACACAAGUUCAUUCAGCGGCAGUUCUACCAGAUCAUCCUUUGCGCCUUCUGCAACGAGUUCUUGCUCAACGCCGUCGGGUACCAAUGCGAAGAUUGCCGAUACACUUGUCACAAGAAGUGCUACGAGAAGGUUGUCACCAAGUGUAUAUCAAAGUCGAAUACAGGGGAGGACGAAGAGAAGAUCAACCACCGCAUCCCCCACCGUUUCGAGCCCAUCAACAACAUCGGCGCGAACUGGUGCUGCCACUGCGGCUACAUGCUCCCCCUUGGUCGCAAGAACGCUCGACGAUGCACGGAGUGCGGCAUCACCUGCCACGCCAACUGUGCGCAUUUGGUGCCCGACUUCUGCGGUAUGUCGAUGGAGACCGCCAACCAACUGCUCCGCGACAUGCGCGCCAUCAAGGAGCAACAACGCCGCCCCACCCAGUCGCGCGUCUCACCACAGCAGGCGCAUCCAGCCUUGCACCUUUCGCCAGCCGAGUCUCAAGCACCCAUCGACCAGAUGGAGCGUAUGCGGCUUGGUGAGGUGCCUCCCCAGCCCGCACCGGGAUACGGCCAGCGCACUGGCAGUCCUGCGCACGACCUUGCGCAAGCGGAUCCGCGUUUCGGCGGCCAACCAGUCCCUCCGCCUGGGUUCCCUCAACAGCCUUCAGGGCGGCCGGUGCCGCCUGGACGACCUGGUGUCGCGCCACCCUUCCCCUCGGAGCCUCAGCAGGCAUACCCCGGUCCUCCUGUGUCUGGGUACGAGAUACCGCCACCGCCGGACGCUUAUCAGGCCGUCCCCCCUGUUCCUCAGAAGCAGCCUACCCUGCCCGCUAACCCCGCCCAGGGCAUGGCUCCUCGCAUGACCCCUGCCGACCGGCAGGCUUCUCUCCCGCCGGUCCCACCAGUGGAUGCGCAACAGCAAAUCCGCCAAGCGGCCGCACGGAAGCGGAAAGUCGGGCUCGACGACUUCAACUUCCUCGCCGUCCUCGGUAAGGGUAACUUCGGUAAGGUCAUGCUCGCCGAGGAGAAGAAGACGAACAGCCUGUAUGCCAUCAAGGUCCUGAAGAAGGAGUUCAUCAUCGACAACGACGAAGUCGAGAGCACACGCUCAGAAAAGCGGGUCUUCUUGGCCGCUGCCCGCGAGCGGCACCCCUUCUUGCUUGGGCUGCACUCAUGUUUCCAGACGGAGACCCGUGUCUACUUCGUCAUGGAGUAUGUCAGCGGUGGUGAUCUCAUGCUGCAUAUCCAGCGGAAGCAGUUCUCGCUGCGGCAGGCCAAGUUCUAUGCGUCGGAGGUGUUGCUCGCUUUGGAAUACUUCCACGCCAACGGCAUUAUCUACCGCGAUCUGAAGCUCGAUAACAUCCUGCUCACGUUGGACGGUCACGUCAAGGUGGCCGAUUACGGUCUGUGCAAGGAGGAGAUGUGGUUCGGUUUGACGACGAGCACGUUCUGUGGUACUCCGGAGUUCAUGGCUCCCGAGAUUCUUCUCGAGCAGCGCUACGGGCGUGCAGUCGACUGGUGGGCGUUCGGUGUGCUGAUGUAUGAGAUGUUGCUCGGUCAGUCUCCGUUCCGUGGAGACGACGAGGACGAGAUCUUCGACGCCAUUCUCGAGGACGAGCCCUUGUACCCCAUCACGAUGCCCCGUGAUGCUGUCUCGGUCUUGCAGAAGCUCCUCACACGCGACCCCACACGGCGACUGGGCUCUGGAAAGAGCGAUGCAGAAGAGAUCAAGAGACAUCCGUUCUUCAAGGAUGUGAACUUCGACGACGUCUUGCACAAGCGCAUCCCGCCCCCGUACUUCCCUACGAUCAACGGGAGUGCCGAUACCAGCAACUUCGACGAAGAGUUCACGAAGGAGCAACCGACACUGACCCCAGUGCAUACCCAACUGUCUACGCGCGACCAGGCCGAGUUCAACGGCUUCUCCUGGGUGGCGAGCUGGGCCGACAUCUGAGAGAGAUACGACCGCCUUACGAUACUUAUUACGUUUUACCUCUUCUGUCGCAUACUGUGCACUUUGUCCGACUCCCGCUGUAUUUGGAUACCUAUUGUGUUCACGACAACCCGCAAAUGACAACUCGCU